CGCUUCACAUGUAGUCGUCUCUCUUGUGAAAAACUAUCCAAACUAUCUGAUUAUAAAUCUAGAUAAGCUCGACUACUGUGCAAGCUUGAAGAAUCUUGAAACUGUCUCUGAGAAAGAAAACUACAAGUUUAUCCAGGGAGAUAUUUGUGAACCUGAUUUUAUAAGACAGCUCUUUGAAACUGAGAAAAUAGAUAUAGUCCUUCAUUUUGCAGCCCAGACACAUGUAGAUCUUUCAUUUUGGCGAGCCUUGGAAUUCACUUAUGUGAAUGUUUAUGGUACUAAUGUGCUGGUUGCUGCUGCGCACGAAGCCAAUGUGGAGAAGUUUGUUUAUGUCAGUACAGAUGAAGUGUACGGAGGUAGCACAGAUGAGGAAUUUGAUGAAUCUUCACCAAAACGUCCAACAAAUCCCUACGCUUCCUCUAAAGCAGCUGCAGAGUGUUUUGUUCAAUCUUACUGGGAAAGGUACCGAUUCCCAGUUGUUAUCACACGGAGCAGUAAUGUUUAUGGACCACACCAGUAUCCAGAAAAA